CGGGAAGUUGGGAAGUUUUUUUGCAGCUAUUGGGAUCCGGCUACAGGCCAGACAAGAAGCAUUUCCAUUCUCCACCCUGGAACUGGAAGUCGGCGCCUAAAAGAUACUUGUCUUCAGCUUAUUCUUGUUCACUGGUUGGUACAUGACAUGAGGAUGCUGGUAAUUUUAAAACAAACUUGGCAUCCAUAUAGGGUCCUGCCACGGUCUGAGGGGGUUCAGUGUCUCCGCUUCUAGGAGCCUGUCCCCCUCAGGCAUUUGUUUUUUGGCACCACCAGAACUUUUUCUUUUCAUACUUUUGUCAAUCGCUUCUGCAUCUCCAGUCAGUAUGAGUCAGAGCAGUGGUCCGAGCCCCAGGCUUGUGGAUUCCCCACUGCUUUUACAAAGCACAGAGCUUCUCUGUAGCUUGGGAAAUGCCCAGCCUGAAAGGAUGAGACAUCCAGACUCUCUAACCCCUUCACCAAAGAGCCUUCCACCAUCUCCCAUCCUUCAGACUUCCAUACCUUUGUCUGCUGGAGACUGGGAGAGUCGCGAGGAGCUACGACAGCGAGAGCUAGAGGAGGCCAGAGCACGUGCAGCUCAAAUGGAGAAGACAAUGCGCUGGUGGUCAGACUGCACAGCCAAUUGGAGAGAGAAGUGGAGCAAAGUUAGAGCUGAGCGAAACAAGGCCAGGGAAGAAGGGGUGCAGCUCCGCAAUCGACUUGAGGUCCUAAGCAAAGAGCUAAAUGCUUUGAAAAGAGAGCGCCAGGAAGCAAUCAGCGAGAUGGAGCAACUCCGCAGGGAGGUUGAGAGACUGCGUGGCAGAGAGCAUAUUACUACAGAGCAGGAGACUGAGGAGCCGGUCCGAGAUGUAGACAUCGAGAAACUCCCCAAGAUCAAGGAAUUGGAUGUAGAAAGUAACCUGCGACCAGAGGGCUAUGAACAGCACAACGAAGGCUCAUCCCACAGCUCAAGAGCCCGUCACUGGGAAGACAGAGACCCCACUGAGGAGGAGGCACCCAAGAUCACUGCUCUUAAGCUGAGACUGGACGAGAGUCAGAAGGUUCUUUUAAAGGAGAGAGAGGACAAGAUGAUUUUAAGUAAGACCAUUGAGAAGAUGGAGGCUGAGAUCAGCCAGUGGAAGCUGAAAUGUGAGGAGCUGAGCAAGUCAAGGCAGGAGGCUGUCACACAGCUCACCCUACUCAGAGAGCGGCACCAGGAUGAGUUAGGUCGGAUCUCUGAAGAUCUUCAGGAUGAGCUUGGGGUCCGCUCUUGCAUGGAUAAGAAGCUGGCAGAGCUAAGGGCAGAGAUGGAGGGGCUCCAGGCGGAGAACGCAGAGGAGUGGGGCCGACGGGAGAGACUUGAGACAGAGAAACUCAAUCUUGAACGAGAAAACAAAAAGCUGCGGCUUCAGAUCCAGGACCUUGAAGAGAUUCUCACCCGCAAGAGAAGACAAACGGCCAGUGCUCUGGACACUGACUUGAAGUCCAUACAGGCAGAGCUUUUUGAAAAGAAUAAGGAACUGUCUGACCUGCGACAUAAUCAUGCCAAGCUGAAGAAGCAACAUCACGAAAAAUCUGCAGAACUCAUUCAUUCCAGUCGACGUGUGGAGCAGCUGGAGGGGGAGGUCAAAAAACUGCGUCUUCGAGUAGAGGAGUUGAAGAAGGAACUAGGACAGGCAGAGGACCAGUUAGAUGAGACACAAAACCAGAUGCGCAAAAUACAAAGAUCACUUGAUGAACAGACGGAGCUGAAUGAAAACCUGCAGGUUCAAGUGGAGCAUCUACAGUCCAGGCUUCGUCGGCAACAGAACCCUCCCUUGUUCGGGAAGCUGCGCACCUCUCGAUUUAGAAAUGAUGACACCGGGGAGACAGGAAGUGACCCUGAUGAGGACGAUCUGCAGAUCCAAGUUCCAUAGCUGUUGCUCUUCUGGGUCUGAGAGAAGGGCUGAGAAUCAGAUCUUUAGGCAUGUACAGAAACAAAGGGAAGUGGAGUUUACUCUAAUAACUGCUCCAGGAAUUGCUACUCCCUCCCCUCCUGCACCCCCCAGUCAGUGUUUUAUCACACAAGAGUGUCUUCCACCUCCUCAUUCCUCCACCCAUGUGAUCUGGGGAAGUGACUGCUAUCUUAUGUCCUGAUCAGCCACCUUACUUUGAUAAAUUUGACUAUUGGUGCUUGGGUAGUAAUAUACCAACUUUGACGCAUGGGCUAGCAGACCAUCACAGGUCCUAUACCACUAUUCUCACUAUGACCACUUCCCAUGCUGCAUUUUGUCUCUGGUAUAAUAUAGAUGUAUGCUGCCAGGUACACUGAACACCUCCACUGACAGUAGCAGGACUGGGCUCUUACAUCAUGUUCUUUUACCUGGAUCUUUUCACAGUGGCAUAAUCACAAGAUUCUAUCUUAUCUCCUUGUAUAUAAAGCCAGCUGGCUGGUACUCAAUGUGACCAGAAUGUAAAGGACUUUAACUGAAUAAUUGCUAUUUAAUGGCCUAUACACAGAUAUACAAUGGAACACUAUAAUGGACUACAUACCCCUGACAGAUAAAUAUUAAAUUUAUAACGGUUCAAUAUGCCGCCCAACAGGGGAAUAAAAGGUACAGUGUAAUACGGAUUCCUUCAUGUAUAUAGUUUUAAUAGACAAUAGACUUCUGACAGGUAUAUGAUGAACUAUACACUUCUAGCAAGUAUAUUAAAUAUCUUUAAAGGGGUACUCCACUGGAAAACAUUUUUCUUUAAAUCAUUUGGUGCCAGAAAG